GCUUUACUGUGACAGCAUCGACGGGUUGGUCGUGGUCAAGUACUAGUUUGAUAACUCUCCGCGCAAGGCAACGCAUCGUCCAGCGUCCAGCGAGUCAUUUCCGCGUUCCAUUUCAAUCAUCUCCGUUAUCACAUAGCUCACCAACGAUAUCUACUACUUACGCCCUCUGCUCGUUCCGGGAAUCAUUGUGCAAUUAGCGCUCACGCACAUCAUCAGAACAUUCAACGCACGCUCGUCGUGGCAUGCGACUUUAACCGUGUGUUUUACUUUCCUGCUCUGUCGCAAAUCAUACCGUCACCAAUUGACAUUUGCCAUCCAUGACUUCGAUCCGCUGGAAGCCACAAAUAACGUAUCGCUCCCCCACCGCAGGAACAACCACCCUUCAUCUAGAGGUACCACCAGUCGGCUCUCAUGCAUCUUCAUCAAGCCAUUCUCCCUCCCCUCAAUCGCUUCCUCAUUGGACAAUCCACCAGUCCAGCCACUCUAAGAGACAUAAGAGAUGGAUGACCGGCCCCUCAUUGCCCCUUUAUCAUCCUCUUGGUCGUCUUGCCCUAUCUCUCCCCGAUUUGGAUCCAACCGCGUUCGGGCUCCCCGCGCCGGCAGUAAUAAUGGAUGAUCCCACGCGCCGAUCUUCCAAUCGCGCGCGUCGCCCCGCCCCGAAAGUACGCGACGCAAACGAGCCAGCCCCCUCCCCCGCACCCAUCAUCGAUGUCGCUCCUGCUCCCGAACCAGAACUCAAAGAAAAACCUAGUUCCCGCAGGAGGCGCCCUGCUGGUGGAGGAAACAAAAGAAAGCGCAGAGAAGUCGAUGAUGGCGACGCGACCUAUCCUGCCAAGCGCUCCCGCAACCCAAGGGGCUCCGCUGCCAAUGCCACGCCACGCACUCCUACCGCCGGAGAGCCUUCCCCUCCAUAUUCUCUCGAUCAUUCUGCUCUUUCACCUCCACCUGAUGAUCCUCCGGAAGAAAAACGGCCCGAACGCCGGGCCACCAAGUCACGUGGUCUCCCUGCUCGUAGGGAUUCUACAGGAAGCGAGGCGACUGUCACUUCUGUAUCGGCCUCAAUUGUUGCAAGUAGUGUUGCACUUCUCAAGGAUAUCGGUGAAGAUGCUCUGGACAUCGACGCUUCGCCAUCUAGCGGGCCCAGGGACACUGAGCGUAUCACCCGCAGUGGAGACCUCAGCAGUAAAGACACCAGUUCAGAUGGAGGUGAUAAAGCCGCAAUUCCAGGGUAGCGUGACACUUCCUUGGUGGCUUCUGUAUAUACGAGAUGUUUUUGGUUUUUAAUUAAAACGAUAUGCAUCCCUUGUCUAUUGCUAUUUGUCCUUGACUAUCUUCUUUUCAUGUACUCGUUUUCAUUCAUCGUUAAUAUUUUCCAAAUUCGCAUUUUAUUCAUGUACUUACUCGAGCCCUUGUAUUCUCGCGUUGACUUAUGAUUGGCUUAUGAACAGGUUAUUUAUGAGGUAUCUAUUCUGUUUCAACACGAUUACAGCCAUUAAUAUUUGCAGAAUACUAGGCCACCCACCAAAAAAACA